GCUCCCUCACAAGCAGACAAUGAGAACAGUGGCCGCUCAAAUUCUGAAGAGGUAUUUCAAUCCAGAAACUCCUGAUUUUUUCUUUCUUUUUUUUUUCUAGUUGUUUCUCAGUUUCUCCUAAUCGAAAGUAGUCAUUCAGCACACGGAGGGGCUGAGCUCGCCUCUCAUUCAUAGACCACUUACAUCGCCACACUCAUCGACAUAGGCAGAUAGCCAUCAUCCUGGCGACCACCAACUCAUCAUCAACACCCGGACACAAACUUUCAAUAACUAUGGCAUCCCCACCCUCAUCCUUACCUUCACCCUCACCUUCAUCCAUACAGCCACAGUUCUCCAUCACCUCCCACGACACAGCCCUCGCCCUGGUACCUCCACAACCCCUCUGGCCGCGCCUCGACCGCCUCCGCGCCCUCUACGACAAGGCAUACCCCAAGUGGCCUCCCCACGUCAACCUCGUUUACCCCUUUGUCCGGCCUGACUGUCUGGACGCGGCCGUCGCCCAAAUCGUGUCUGCUCUGUCCCAGCCCUCGGAGGAGGAGGCGGCCUGGAAUAAGGACGGGAUUGAAGUGUGCCUCGACACCGUGGGCGUCUUCAGGCACAAGAGGGAUAAUACCAUCUAUUUGCAUGACGGUCACGGUUACGGUAAUGAUGGUGAACUUGAAAAGGCGGCGGCGGGAUUGGUGCGGUUAAGGCGGGAGGUGUUGGCCGCGCUGGCGGCGUCGUCUUCUCAUUCCGGGUACAAAAUGCACCUGACUGUCGGGCAGAGCGAGGAUGUCGAGAGCGCGGCGCACAGGUUCCUGGUGGACAAAGUAGGCCUAAUGCCCCCCGUGAGGUGGACUGCCGGGGAGAUGCAAGUCUUGGUCAGGGAGCGGGAUGAGCAAGGGGGCGGUAGUAGGAUGCGGUUGUGGGGCGUGAUCAAGGUGGCAGACGGGACGAUAGAGAGGGUGGCCGGGAAGAAGGCAUUGUUUUAUGAGGAUGGGGAAGGACACGGGCUGCGGGGAAAAGAAGGUCAGGAGGAUCAAGAGGAGGUCGGGCAGAAGGACCUGCUUCAGAGUGAUCUGCCGUACCACUUUGAGGAGAAGGCGGCACGGUGGGUGCCGGUUGAUCCGCGUGCGUCGGAGACGGAAGGCGUGCAGUCAAGGUCGUUGACCGUCGCGAGCUACAACGUCCUGGCCGAGUUCGAGUGGCCACCUUCAAAAGCCCGGUACCCCAUGCUGGUCGAUAACAUUCUCGCACGGGAUGCCAUUGCCGAUGUGCUGGUGUUGCAAGAGGUCACCGACGGCUUUUUAUCGUUCCUCCUUGCCGACCCGCGGAUCAGGGACGCCUACCCCUUUUGCUCUCACGGGCCUCCGGACCAGGACGACGUCGAACCGCUGCCCAAUUUCCUUAAUAUUGUGGUACUGAGCAAGUUUGCCUUCGACUGGGAGUACGUGUCCUUUCACAGGAAGCACAAGGGUGCUGUUGUGGCGAGGUUCGGUGGCCUUCAGGGGCUCGGGCCACGUCCCGUCAUCUUGGCCGCUGUCCAUCUUAGCCAUGGCCUUACCGAUGGAGCGGUAGCGGCCAAAAAGACUGAUAUCCGGAGGAUCAUUGGCUAUCUGUCCGGAACGUAUUCUAAUCAUCCUUGGAUUCUGGCCGGCGAUACCAACAUUCCAACAUCGUCCAUCUCCAUUGACGCGGCGCUCAGGAAGAAGUCCAUCUCAGAGCUGACGGCCAACCAUCUGGCCAACCUUGAAGAUCUCUUCGCCGAGGCCCAGCUAGAUGACGCGUGGAAGGUAUCAGUGGCAAAUGACCAUGCUGACAAUGACGAAGGACUUGCCGAAGGCGAACGAGGAGCCACAUGGGAUCCGAUCACGAACGAUGCGGCUGCCGCUAUGGCAGGGAGCGGUGCCAACACGCGGCCACAACGCUACGACCGGAUUUUUGUCCGAGGCGAGGGAGUUCUGGAAAUUUCCCAGUUCAACAUGUUCGGCCUACCCAGGCGUAUUGACGCCAAUGCUUCCGACUCUGAGCCUGCAUGUGCAAGUGAUCACUGGGGCGUCAGAUGCACCCUCAAUUUGAAUCAAUGUGGCGACAAGUCAGACGGGCCAUCCGAGGAAAUCAGCAGUCUAAUCGUGCCUGUUCAUUUCAAAGAGGCACCAGAAGCCCUAGCUCGGAUAGGGAGCGUCAAGGAGUCUCUAUUAGAGCUUGGUGUCAUUCCAACCGAAGAAGAGACUUUGGAAAGAAAGGCUGCAUUUGAGCUCCUGAAGCGCCUCCUUCUCGAUACAUCCGCCCUCAACACAGUGGCGACGACACGUUCUCAGCCCAGAGUCGUCGUGGUCCCUGUCGGGUCGUACGCACUCGACGUCUGGACUUCGACCUCGGAUAUGGACGUCUUAUGCAUCGGGCCUUUCAGCUCCAGCACCUUUUUUGCCCUCGCCUCUCAGCGCCUACGCAAAGCAGCUGCACAGGGCAUCAGGAUCCUCCGCCGAGUGCGGGCAAACACAGGCACUAUGCUUGAAAUCGAGGUGCACGAGAUCAAGAUGGACUUGCAAUAUUGCCCGGCCACCGACGUUGCGGAGCGCUGGCCUGAUGCUCUUCGUAUACCUGCCUCGGAUCCUAUCUGGUCUCUGUCGGCGCAAACUCUCUGCAAGCUCAAGGCUGUUCGUGACGUUGACUAUCUCCGACGCUCGCUCCCGGACCUCGCCGUGUUCCGCGUAGCCCACCGAUUCAUCAAGACGUGGGCUAAGUCUCGUGGCACUUACUCUGCCCGCUUCGGCUUCCUCAGCGGUAUUCAAAUCUCGAUCCUACUUACACGUGUCUGCAAGCUCGUUGCGCGGGAAUCCGGCCCUCGCUCCGUCGAGGACAUCCUCGUCACGUUCUUCUCUCACUAUGCUUCUUUCGGCUGGGCAACCAAGAUGGCUUUUGACCCGUUCUUCCACAAACAGCGACUUCAGUACACUCGCACUCCGCGCGAGCCGCUGUCAAUCCUAGGGUAUUUCCCUCCUUCGCUCAACACGGCCCUCGCCGCCUCCGUGUCGUCCGUCCGAACACUCUCGGCAGAAUUCCUCCGCGCCAUCGAAUCCCUCUAUUCGGCAUCUUCCUGGACGUCUUUCCUUUCCUCACCCACUGCCACAGCGGACUUCCUAGCCGCCCAUCGAACCUACAUCAAGCUGGACGUCCAGUACUGGGGCCUGUCCCACACCAAAGGCGCACAAUUUCUCGGCUGGCUCGAGUCCCGCUGCGUGCUGCUUCUCGUGGACCUGCAGCGGCGGGCACCGAACUUGCACACACGCAUGUGGCCAGCACGCUUCGUGGAACGAGCCGAAGCUGACAACAACACCUCUCCUGAGCAUACACUAGAAGAAGGAGAGCAGGUACACGAGCGGGACUACCGCGGGAGUUACCUAAUCGGCCUCGACAAGCUGGACCCGUCCCAGACGAAGGAAGACCUGAAGCUGUCUCUCGGGGCGCUGCAAACCGCGCUUUCCCGGUUCGAGACGCAGAUGCGCGGCGACGAGCGCUACUUUGACGCGCGCAGCUGCUGGCUCAGCGCGGGGCUGGUGAAUCAAGCUGAGUUGGGAAAGCUUAACCUAGAGCCCGAUUCCCGCGAAUGGGGCGAGUACAACCCCGGCGAGGACGAGGAAGAGGAGGAUGACUCUGACGAAGAGGAGGAAGUGGACCAGCUCGAUGAUGCUUGGCAGGAAGACAACGACGAGGGUGCGGCUAGGAAAUCCAAAAAGAGUGUCAAGGAAAAGGGAGGAGGCCGGCGGCCCAUCGCCUCCAUCGACCUUCGCACGGACAAGACGAGAAAGUUCCGCACGGCGGCCGACGCCAUGAACCGGAUCCGGUGGGACCCCCAGCUUGACAGCAGCGACUAUGUUGUCGGGUACGAAGACCGGUUCACCGGUGCUCAGGAGAGGGAUGUCGAGGCGUGGAAGAGCGAGCAAACGGACGAGGAGUUUAUUCCGCAACAUCGUAUCUUGUAUUUCAGGCGCAAGAGCGAUUCCAAGAUCGUCUGGGACAGGAGGACAAGAUGGGACGAACUCUUCGGGAACGAGGGGAAGGCUUCUACAUAGGUGGUGGAGGAGGGGUUAGUCGGAUGAUAAAAGACACUUGGAACCAGACAAAUUGUGAAUUCGAAUGGAAAAUGGGGUAUCAAUUUUCAUUGCCGCUCUCUGUCAGCGUAACGGUAUGCUUAUUAUUCUCCUGCUUCUCUUCCAGCAGCGCAAAAUCCAUCUCCCAUCUGCUGGGAACAAUUUCCAGCCUGCUCUUCCAGUCCUGGCUCCCGGGCGUCCUGGAAAACCCCGCAAUCAAGUCUUUCACUGUCCCCUUGGGCUUCCGGGGCUCGGUCGGAACCUCCACCCUCGUUAAUGCCACCGGGGGGUCCCGAUUGAGCAUGGCC